AUGGCUUCUACGAUGGCCGCAAAUGCAACCGGCGCACACAACGUGCGUUCGAAUCGGGCUUCCAACAUGGGUUCAUCUGGGAUCAACGAGCGCUCCCGCGGAUCACAAAACAACAGUGUCGGCAAGGGUUUUGGUGCUGGCAAGUCCAGCUGGAACAACAACAUCUGGGGUGAUUCUAACCUGGGUGGAUUCGGAGACGAUCAACACAUUAGCGAGACUGCAUUCGAAGGAAAGUCAGGAUCAGGUUCACUCUUGUCUACAUCGGAGUCAGACGGCUGGUCGGGACGUGCCACCCUGCCAUGGAGCACUGUCAACACCAACCCCUCUUUCCAGAACCGAAGUCUCGCUACAUCGCCUAUUCAGACGCGUGCAAACGACCGUAGCGCUCCUGCUUUGAACGAAACCAGUGACAGCUCCUACUUUGCCCUACCGCGUACCACGGGCAUGAGCACCGCCGCUGGCACCGCUUCUCACCGACCCUAUCUCAACGCUGCCUCCGAGGGAGUAUCACCAUCCGGGGAUGGCAUUUCGUUUGGUGGGUUCUCUGGUCGACGCCAGAUAAACUCGAGCGGUCUCGGUGGCAGCCCCGUGGGCGCCAACUUCCCCGCGAAGCCUACUUUCGCUAGCCAGCUCGACAGUGCAGGCGGUGAUGGAAUGGCGGGGUCCAUGACUAUGCAGGUGGGAACACUGGCAUCGGGCAUGUCUGAGCACAUGUCUCCCCCUCCUGGGCGCACCGGCCUCGCUCACGCCUCCCACAAUUCCGCUUCUUACGCCACACAGCGUCCUGGCCACUCCACACACCCUUCAUUCUACUCUGAUAACCAAAGUAUUGACGGCCGCUAUGCCAGUUCCUCGAUGGACCUCGGCAGUAGCUUCAACAAGCUGCAACUUAACGAUGGCAGCUAUGCUUCGCAAGCAGCCCAGCGACCCACAUUCGUUCCUCACGCCUCCUUUGAUGGUAGCUUCCCUCGUGCGAAAUACCAAAACAAUGAGGAUGCAUACCAGACACUCGGUUAUCCUGUGGAUGGGCCUCAGGAGAUGCAGCUCGCUUACCAGCAGGCACGGUCGCGUGCUGCGAAUACUGGGUCCAUCUCGCCUUCUGACUAUGCCCGCAUGGAGAGCCCCCUCUACCCUGGUGUAGAGGGGUCGGCCCAGUUCCGCAACGUUACUGGAAAUGAAAGCCACACAGCAGCCUUUGAGCGCAGGCUUCGAGCUCUUCAGGAACAGGAGCUUGCUCAAGCUUCUUCGCGGAUGCAAUAUCCUCCCACGUACGACUUCCAAGCUUACCAGGCGUCUCGUCUGAAUGCGCUCUCCGGCUUCUAUCCAGUCGCCCAUCUCUCCGGCCUCAAUGCCGCUGCGCUUGUUGGGCGCACUCAGCGUGAUCACGACCCUACACAGGUUGUUCGCAGCCCGCUCCUGGAGGAGUUCAGGGCCAACAGCAAGGGUAACAAGCGCUACGAGCUCAAGGACAUCUACAACCAUGUCGUUGAAUUCAGCGGAGACCAGCACGGUUCUCGUUUCAUUCAGCAGAAGCUUGAGACCGCCAACAGCGACGAGAAGGAACAGGUGUUCCGCGAAAUCCAGCCUAACUGCCUACAGCUGAUGACCGAUGUCUUCGGUAACUACGUCGUCCAAAAGUUGUUCGAGCAUGGCAACCAGACGCAGAAGAAGAUUCUGGCCAACCAAAUGCGCGGUCAUGUUCUCGCUCUGUCAACCCAGAUGUACGGAUGCCGAGUCGUCCAAAAGGCACUCGAGCACAUCUUAACUGAUCAACAAGCUGCUAUGGUGAAGGAACUGGAGAACCAUGUCCUGAAGUGCGUUCGUGACCAGAACGGAAACCACGUCAUUCAAAAGGCUAUCGAGCGUGUUCCUUCAGAGUAUGUUCAGUUCAUUAUCAACGCCUUCCGUGGCCAGGUCAAUCGCCUUGCCGCUCACCCUUACGGUUGCCGUGUGAUCCAGCGCAUGCUUGAGCACUGUCAGGAAGUUGACCGCCAGUCCAUCCUGGCUGAGCUUCACGCAUGCACAGCCAACUUGAUUCCUGACCAGUUUGGCAAUUAUGUCAUCCAGCAUGUUAUUGAGAACGGCGACGAGAAAGAUCGCACUCGCAUGAUUGACAUCGUGAUGGGUCAGCUUCUCGCCUACUCCAAGCACAAGUUUGCGAGUAACGUGGUCGAGAAGAGCAUUGAGUUCGGCGCGGAACAUGAACGCAAGCACAUCAUUUCCACUCUGACCUCCGCCAAUGAUCGCGGCGAGAGUCCUCUCCUUGGCCUCAUGCGCGACCAGUAUGGCAACUAUGUCAUUCAGAAAGUGCUAGGCCAGCUGAAGGACGCAGAACGCGAGGCCCUCAUUGAUCAGAUCAAGCCCCUUCUCAGCCAGCUGAAGAAAUUUAGCUACGGCAAGCAAAUUGUUGCUAUCGAGAAGCUCAUCUUUGACCCCAACUCGCCCGCAACCGGCCCUCUUUCUCACGCCACCUCGACCACCCCCCUCACUCGCACAAGUCGUCCCCGCAGCCUGCUAAGCGCUCCACCAUGGAGCAGCCCCGGGCUCCGUUCCUGGACCGUCGACAGCACCCUUGAGUCCAAGGGCCUUGCCAAAAGCACAGUGACAUCGGUUUCGAGUCCCGAGACAGGCAGCACCGGUGUUACCGUCCCGGUCGAUGUCACUAGUGCCCACUAA